ACUUAACAUUAAAGCAGAGCCCACGUAACCAUACCUAUCCGUACAAGCCGUCCUACGUGGCGGUGGCAUCAGCAUUCGGCCGCCGACUCUCUCCCCAACCUCCUUCUCUGUCUAAGGCUCUAGCCCCGAAGAAGCAGACCAGAGCUGCCAACUUGGUUUUGGCGCACAGAAGCAACGCACAAAUCACGAUCACGGGGUUGAGGGGGAGCCAUACAGACAAAUUAAGGAAUAACCUCUCACAAGCGAAGUCUCAAAGUCUUACCUUUCUUCCGAUUCUAUUCCUCCUCAGAAAGCACCUUCUGUUUUGAACCCUAAAAAGUAUUUUUGCUCCGUGGAAAAGUAAAAUAAUGCGAGGAGAGGAGAGAAUGACCGACCUGGUUUCGAGGGAAGCGCAGAUGUCGAUCGCUGCUUCGUCCAUGUUUCCUGGAUUCAGGUUCUGUCCUACCGAUGAAGAGUUGAUUUCCUAUUAUCUCAGGAAGAAGUUGGACGGCCAUGAAGAGAGCGUUCACGUCAUUUCUGAGGUUGAGAUUUGCAAAUAUGAGCCCUGGGAUUUACCAGCCAAAUCAUUCAUUCAAUCGGAUAACGAGUGGUUCUUCUUCUCCCCUCGUGGAAGGAAGUACCCAAAUGGUUCACAAAGUAAAAGGGCAACCGAAUGUGGCUAUUGGAAGGCCACUGGAAAAGAGCGCAAUGUGAAGUCAGGUUCUAAUGUUAUAGGCACCAAGAGAACUUUGGUAUUCCAUCUGGGUCGUGCCCCAAAAGGGGAAAGAACUGAAUGGAUUAUGCACGAGUACUGUGUCAACGACAAAUCCCAGGAUUCUUUAGUCGUUUGUCGGCUAAAGAGGAAUGCAGAUUUUCGUCAGAACGAUGCUUCAAACGGAGCAUCUUCAAGUCAACAGCAGGCAGUGAAUUCUCAUGAAAGCAACUGUGCUGUCUCCGAAGCUGAGAUAGACCAAAGGGGUGUUUCCGAACAAGAUAAAGGGGCCGGAUGCAGCUCAAAACGCAGCAGUUGUAGUGACCAUUCUCCUUUAGUGGAGCAAAUUGAUUCUGCCUCUGAAUCGAAUCAAAGAACAGCCAACUAUGACCCUGCUGUGACGGAAUAUUCGAGUCACCAAAAGGAGGUGGAUGACGAGGAUUGUUAUGCUGAGAUACUAAAGAAUGAUAUCGUCAAGUUAGAUGAUUCUUCACUGACCUUGCAAGAGGCUCACACGAGACCGCAGGAUCAUCCCCAGACAUUUGCGUUCCAAGGCACAGCUCCACGAAGAAUUAGGUUAAGAGUAGAUAAAUCAAGGCGUUCUGUUUCUCCAGCACUUGGUUUCCCAACCUCAAAGCGCCCAUCCCAGAGUACCAACCUCUUUGGUACAUUGACAAAUCGAGUGCUGAUAUGUGUUCUCUUCGUUUUAACUUUGAUAGCCCUAUAUCUGUCCUUAAUGGGUUUGGGGAGUCUCAAACCAGUGAAAAGCUGGGAGAGAUUUGGUUCCGUGUGUAAAUUAUGAGCAACACAUCAUGCAAGAUUAGAGUAUCUUACGUUGGUUCCCUUCCAGCGAUGCAUUAGCCUCCGAA